GCUCUGAGCACCUGCUGCAUCUGAGCUGGGGUUCUGGUUUUUCAGAGACGCUCGGGGCUGGGAGGAGACAGAUAGAGACACACGAGGAGUUAAAACGCUGAGGAGUGGGAGUUACCAUGAAGGAAAAGUCAAACUGAAGGUAGACAAUGGUGCCUGUGAUGGUUUCCCUUCUUUUGUCCGUCCUCCUGACUCAGACGUCUGCCUCCCUGCCAGUUACAGAGACAGAGACGUUCUCCUCAUGCCCACCACGGUGGCUCCUGUUUGAGCAGAGAUGUUUCGUUUUCUACCCCGUGUGGAGCACCUGGAGCAACGCUGAGUCCGUGUGCUCACAGGUGGGAGGUAACCUGGCGUCUCUUCACACACCUGAGGAGAGACGGUUUACCCUGCAGCUGCUGAGUUCACACUCCUCCGUGUGGCUGGGAGGAUACCAGCAGCAGAAGAACGUCUCUUGGUUCUGGAGUGAUGGCGACUCCUUCAGCAUCAGGGAUUGGACCAAUCAGGGGCAGGGAAAUACAAGAGAGGGCAGGGCUUGUUUACAACUGGACCCAAAAAAUGGAGAGCUAAACAGCGCCCCCUGUGGAGAGCUCAAGUUUUACAUCUGCUCCACUAAAGCUAGCUCUACAUUCUCCAGCAACAGGAAACCAGUAGAGCCUGACCUGGUCCCUGGUGUUGGUUUAUUUGAUGUCUUAUGGAGUUACAGUGACAUGGUGGCAGAGGAGGUUCUCUACUCGCCCUUCAUCAAACAGAUGAAGUCAGGUCAGCUGACGCAGCGCUGCUAUGACAGCUUCAUCCAGCAGGAGGCGCUCUACCUGCAGAAAGUCAGCAGCACACUGGAGGCUCUGAUCAGCAGAUCCCAGGAAGCCGAUGAUAUGAGAUUAUUGCUGCAGGAUUCACUCAAACACUACAGCAGAACAAACCAGACCCUCCUUACUUCCUCACCUCCACCCUGGCUCCUCUGGUCCCUGCAUUCUUUCCACUCAGUGGUUUUGGAGGAUCCGGUCUAUCUGGUGGUGGCGUUAUCAGCCCGGUCCAGCCUCCGAAGCUUCCUGACCCGGGAGCACAGGUCAGGAGCUGAGGAGGUCUCUGGGUCUGAAGACAAAUCUGAGAGUCUUUACAGGAAGUGGAUAGAGGGCAGUCUGACAGAGGACACCUGGACACAAAGGUACAGUCAGGUCAUAGAAGGACAUCGGGAUUACCUGGAUGUUUUUAAGGCCGUAAACAUCUUCAGAGAGUUCAUGAUGAACCAGAGAAGCUUCUACAAGUCACUAGACUGUGAUGAAGAGGAUAUGUGAUGAAGAAGAGGAGGAAGCGAACAGGGUGAAGGUGCACAUAAAGGAUAAAAUCCCCGCUGAUAUGGACGACUGUAAAUCUCUGCAGCAUGUGUUUGAUGUAAACAGGUGUCUUUUCAAAAAGGGAUUUUCUUCAGUAAAUAUGUAGAACAUUUAACAAAAAAGAAUAAUUCAUCAAUCAAUUAAAUUUAUAUCAACCAAGAAACAAAGAGAUGAAGCUGAGGAGGAUCUUAAAGGGAUAUUUUGGUGUUUUUAUGAUUCUUUUAUGGAAAUGCACUGAGACAAACUUACAUGUUACUUUACAGAUUAAAUGUUUGCACUACAAAUGUAAAUCUAUGAAAUGAUGAUCUAUGAUAUUUUCAAGAUCUAAAUAAAUAUUGAUGUUUAUUACA